AUAUUCACUCAUGACCAAAAGGAUAGCAGCACGGAGCUGGCCUUCAAGUAUGCCGUUUACAAGAUCAACAAGGACAAAAUUAUAUUGCCGAAGACCACGUUGGAAUACGAUAUUCAGUACGUGCCAAAAGAUGAUUCCUUCCAUGCAUCGAAAAAGGCGUGCCAGCAAGUCAAGCACGGCGUCCAGGCGGUCUUCGGACCUUCGGAUCCGAUCCUGGGUCAACAUAUUCACAGUAUCUGCGACGCUCUCGACAUUCCACAUCUCGAGGCCAGGCUGGACCUGGAGACGGAAGCGAAAGAGUUCAGCAUUAAUCUUUAUCCCGCACAAAGUCUGCUCAACACCGCUUAUCAGGACAUCAUGGAGUUCUUUAAUUGGACCAAGGUGGUGAUCAUCUACGAAGACGACCAUGGAUUAAUGAAGCUUCGGGAGCUGGUGAAAUCACCGAAAAUCCGUGGUAUCGAAGUCAGUCUCCGACAGGCAGAUCCCAACUCAUACAGGCAGGUCCUUUCCGAAAUGAAGAGUAAAGAAUUUCGAAAUAUCAUCGUGGACACAAAACCCGAGCACAUGCAUCAUUUUCUACGAAUGAUCCUGCAGCUGCAGAUGAAUGAUUACAAGUACCACUACCUCUUCACGACUUUCGAUAUCGAAACCUUCGAUCUCGAGGACUUCAAGUACAAUUUUGUCAAUAUCACUGCCUUUCGUUUGGUCGACGCGGACGACGUCGGUGUACGUAGUAUCCUGAGGGACAUGGAACGCUAUCAACCAUCGGGAAACACGAUCCUCAACAAAUCGAGAAUCAUCCAGGCCGAACCAGCAUUAAUAUAUGACAGUGUACAGGUGUUCGCGGUAGGAUUACGUACCUUAGAGCAAUCCCAUGCCUUAAGGCCCGCCAAUAUUUCCUGCGAGCUCGAGCACCCCUGGGAUGGCGGCUUGUCUCUUACCAACUAUAUCAACUCGGUCGAGAUGAAAGGAAUCUCUGGACCUAUUGAAUUUAAAGAAGGCCGUAGAAUUCAGUUUAAAUUGGAUCUACUGAAACUGAAACAACAUUCACUUGUUAAGGUCGGCGAGUGGCGUCCCGGCGCCGGCGUCAACGUUACAGACACUGCGGCCUUUUUCGAGCCUAACAUCGGGAACGUCACUCUGAUUGUGAUUACUAUACUGGAGACGCCGUAUGUGAUGAUGCAUCACGAAAAGAACUACACCGGGAACUCGCGAUUUUACGGUUUUUGCAUGGACCUUCUGGCAGCGGUGGCGAGGGAGGUAGGCUUUUCGUACCGAUUGGAGCUGGUACCGGAUAGGAAGUAUGGCGCACGAGACCCGGAGACCGGCGAAUGGAAUGGCAUCGUACGAGAGCUUAUGCGACAUAGGGCUGAUCUCGCUGUCGGCUCGAUGACAAUCAACUACGCGCGCGAGAGGGUGAUCGAUUUCACAAAGCCAUUCAUGAAUUUGGGUAUCUCGAUCCUGUUCAAGGUACCGACCCGUCACCAGGCGCGGCUUUUUUCCUUUAUGAAUCCGUUAGCGAUUGAGAUCUGGCUGUACGUUCUGGCAGCGUACGUUUUAGUAUCAGUGACGAUGUUCGUCGUGGCGCGAUUUAGCCCCUACGAAUGGAAUAAUCCCCAUCCGUGUCAUCCCGGGACGGAAAUCGUCGAGAAUCAGUUCUCCCUAUCGAAUAGCUUCUGGUUCACCAUUGGAACUCUCAUGCAACAGGGCAGCGAUCUAAAUCCCAAGGCUACGAGUACGCGUAUCGUGGGUGGUAUAUGGUGGUUCUUCACCCUGAUCAUCAUCUCGUCGUAUACUGCAAAUCUAGCAGCUUUCCUUACAGUGGAAAGAAUGAUCACGCCUAUAGAGAACGCCGAAGAUCUCGCCAGUCAGACGGAUAUCGCAUACGGAACUCUCGAUAGUGGAAGCACGAUGACUUUCUUCAGGGACUCAAUGGUCGAAACGUACAAAAAGAUGUGGAGAUUUAUGGAGAACAAGAAGCCGUCGGUAUUUGUUCCAACAUACGAAGAAGGUAUUCAGCGGGUCCUUCACGGCGAUUAUGCCUUUCUGAUGGAGUCGACUAUGCUGGAUUACAUUGUCCAGAGGGACUGCAAUCUCACGCAAAUUGGUGGUCUAUUGGACACCAAAGGAUAUGGAAUUGCUACACCCAUGGGUUCGCCCUGGCGGGAUAAGAUAUCUUUAGCAAUUCUGGAAUUGCAAGAGAAAGGCGAAAUUCAGAUUCUGUAUGACAAAUGGUGGAAGAGUCCCGAGGAUACCUGUAUGAGGACGGAAAAGGGAAAGGAGAAUAAAGCCAACUCUCUAGGCGUCGACAACAUAGGAGGAGUUUUCGUGGUCUUAUUGUGCGGUUUGGCAUUCGCCGUGCUCAUAGCGAUUUUCGAAUUUUGCUACAAUUCCAAAAGGAAUGCACCGGCGGAACGGUCGCUCUGCUCGGAAAUGGCACGCGAGCUCUGCCGCGCCUUACGCUGCCGCGCGUCGUCUCGACGACGGCGUACUUGCGACAAAUGUUCUACGCACGUGAUCGGCUACUCGCCGGACAAUCCCACUGCCACCCCCGUAAAUGGGAUGAGGUCCCAGAGAAGCAACCUGGCCGUACCCGUAGUCGAACUGCCUCCACACAUCCAUAUGCAUCAUCACGCAUCGCCGCAUGAUUAUGACGGCAAUUAAACCAACGUCAAGACCAGCACUAGAACAUUAUAAUCAUAACCAGGAACAAGUACAAAGUAU